AUGAACGGUGUUGGCUGGACAAGUAAUGACAGUGAAAAGUGGAUGAGAGUGAAAAAAGCGAACAGCAAUCAGAGCUGGGACAAGCUGAGAAAGCUUGGAGAUGAGAAAGCUAGGCUGCGCGGGCCGGGCCCGGUCCACGGGGCCGGGCGGGGUGGGGGUGUUGGGGUGCUGCCAAGGCGCUCACCCCCCGCUGCCCUUCGUUUUCUCUCCCCAGUGCCCGGCGUUGCCGAGUUCGCCGCCUCCUUCAAAAGCCCUAUUACAAGUUCUCCUCCCAAGUGGAUGGCUGAAUUAGAAAACGAUGAUAUCGAUAUGUUAAAGGAGUUGGGGAGCCUCACUACAGCUAACCUGAUGGAAAAAGUUCGUGGCCUGCAGAACCUGGCUUAUCAGCUGGGACUGGAUGAAUCUAGAGAAAUGACUCGAGGGAAAUUCCUGAACAUCCUAGAGAAACCCAAAAAGUAGCUGACACAUCUGGAGUUUGGACAAAAAUACCCCAACUAGAUCAUCUUACAUACUGUGGAUCCAGAUGAACCCCAGAACUUCUAAGAAGUACAAAGCUCUUGCUCUAGACCCUCAGAAGCAAACAUCUCUCACUGCUUCCACAGCUCAUCUCUUCACGGGGGAGAUGUGUAUUGCAGAUACAGGUCACAAGGACUGCAAUUGGUUGUGUUGGAAUUCGGACUUCAUCUGACCGUAAGAUGUCCAACAAGAGGACUUGGCCCUGGCGUGCUGUGGCAAAGUUACCUGUUUUAAUCAGCUAUUCCAAGUGAACAUCCAUAGUGUCCUUAUUCAAAUGCUCUCAGCGGCAGCACCUAUUUCAAGUACAUGGCAGAUCUGACACUGGCCAGUGCACAUCAUGAGGCAUUGACCUUUUUGUAUGUCUUUUGUCUUAGAUGCAUUGAUUUCCUAUGUGCAACUUCUGUG